AUGUCCGGUCCGCGGCGCGCCUUUGCCGUUCACCUCGGUUUUGGCUCUCGCUCCGACGACCAAACCUCGGCGCUCUCGACCGCCCACCCGCCGCCAACCGCCUCGUCCCCACUUGCUCUUGUCCUUGAUCCACGCCUUGCCCAGAGUGCGAGUGCCCCUAGUGGAGGUGGCCCGUCCAUCUCGCCCAAUGCGAACCCCGCUUUGAUGACCUCGGAGCCGUGGUGGGACUCGUUUCGCGAGAAGGACGGCCAUGACGGCGCGUCGGCUGUGCCCAACGGCGCUGAUGCCUCGUUCCCGUCUGAGCGGCUCCGCUCGGGCUUCCUCGGCACGCACCUGUCGUCCUCGCCGCAGUCGGGCGGCGGCUCUGGGCGCUCUAACAGCUCCAGCGGAUCCGGCGCGGACAUCAAGCUCGGAAGGCUGCUCGGAUCGGGUGCCUUUGGCUCGGUCUACCAAGGCCUCAACAUCCGGACAGGCAUCCAGGUGGCAGUCAAAGUUCUCAACAAGCCUGCCGUCGGCGGUGGGCGACGGACGGAGCGCGAUGCCGAGCGAGGAAAGGAGCUCGCCAAGCUCAAGAAAGAAGUCGAUCUCCUCCGCGAGCUUAAUCACGUCAACAUCGUCUCAUACUUUGGGACGUGGGAGGACGAUGUUGCGCUGUACAUCAUGCUCGACUACGUCGAGGGCGGAUCGCUGGCGGCCAAGAUCAAGGAGUUUGGCACGCUUCCCGAGCCGCUUGUCGCCUUUUUUAUCGCGCAAGUCGUCGAGGGCCUCGCCUUUCUUCACGCCGUCGGCGUCCUCCAUCGCGACAUCAAGGGUGCCAACAUCCUGCUGACCAAGGAAGGUGUGGUCAAGCUCACCGACUUUGGCAUCGCCUCGUCGGCCGCACUCGACGCCUCGAUGCACUCGGACGUUCUUCGCCAGAUGGUCGGUACCCCGUGCUACAUCGCACCCGAGGUCAUUGCCGGUGAGGGCGCGACGCCCGCGUCGGACGUCUACUCCCUCGCGUGUACCAUCGUCGAGAUGGUCGCCGGCAAGCCGCCGUUUGCCGACGCCAAGAACCUCCUCCGCAUCUGCUACCUCACCGCCACUGCCCCCACCCCCAUCCCGGACUCGCUCUCACCGCUCCUGCAAGAUCUCCUACGCCAGGCGUUUGUCAAGGACCCUGCACAGCGACUGACGGUGGCAGGGAUCCGCGCCCAUCCUUGGAUGCGCGCCGUCUCGUCCGCGCACACCGCCGCACAUGCCGAUGCUCCGUCGCAGAAGCCACUUAUUGUCGCUGAGGAUGCAUCCGGAGAUGAUCCGUGCCACUUACAGCCGAGCCUUGCUGCCCUCGACUCGACCGUCACCACCGCCAUCGGCUCUGACCUCGACGCCUACCUUCGAUCGCUUGUCAUUGCUCGGCCGCACGCGGCAGAGGCUCGCUCGAGCAGCGGAAGCUUCGACGAGGAGAAGACGCUUACCAUGAGCAUGGCGCUCGGUGAAUCGCUUGGUCCGUUGGAUCCGUCGGCAGUCUGCCUCGAGGUCAGCUUUCCGGAAUCAGAGGUCUCGGCUGCGUCGCAGGCGUCGGCCGCCGCGGCAUCGGCUGCUAGCUCCGAGCCCAUUCCGCCGGACACCAUGUACGCCACCGCGUUUGACGACUCGCUGUCAUGGUCGUCAGACGAAGAGUGA